AUGAAGGAUAUCAACAACGGCAGCAUUCGUGUCAUCUCCGGCCAACAGUACCGUUUGAACAUCGAUCACGGAGCCUUUGAACCCCUCGAAACCAGUCAAAUGCGCUGCCCGACUUGCUCUCGGUACCUGUCCGCCUCCUCGAGCGCCUUUGAGGCCCCAGAAUGCACCUUCUGCACCUCUAGUUACUCGGGACGACCACCUUUCGGUCCUGGUAUUACAGUCCAUACGGCUUCCGGCUCAUAUACUUCUCCUCCUCCGCCUCCUCCUCCACAGGCAGGGUAUACAACCGUCCUGUAUACUGCACCACCAGUAGCUGCCAAAGCGCUAGCUGCCAAAGCACCGACUGCCUCCGACAUCAGCCCGGAAGAUUACACCAACCCCUUUUUAGAGUUCAUUACAGAUAAUCCGACUGUUUUCCACGUUGUGGAGGCAUUUGGAACACGUUUGAAGGCAAAUGGGUUCACCGAACUAAGCGAACGUGAAGAUUGGAGCAAGAAAGUUAAAGCCGGUGGACGGUACUUCACGACCAGGAAUGGCAGCAGUAUGAUGGCUUUCGUGAUCGGCAAGGAUUACGAAGCUGGGAACGGGUUUGCAAUGUGUGCUGGCCACAUUGAUGCUUUAACCACGAGGUUAAAACCAGUUUCUACCAAACCAGGUAGGGACGGGUACGUCCAGCUCGGUGUUGCACCAUACGCUGGUGCCUUGAACAAUACAUGGUGGGAUAGAGAUCUCGGUAUCGGCGGUAGAGUUAUCGUCAAGAACGCCGAUUCCGGGAAGUCCACCAGUCAACUUGUAAAGCUUGAUUGGCCUAUCGCAAAGAUCCCAACCCUGGCUCCUCACUUCGGUUCUCCUUCGCUCGGACCAUUCAACAAAGAGACGCAAAUGGUACCAAUCAUCGGCUUAGAAGGGGCUGCCAAAAAAUUGACGAAUGAUGCGAGUAAGCUCGGGUCGAAAGAAGGACACGUUCUCGCUCCUAACGCCAACUCUUUUGCGUCUACCCAGCCACCAAGAUUGGUAGAAUUGAUUGCAAGACGUCUUUCCAUCAAAGACGCCAGCGACAUUGUAGAUUGGGAGCUCGAGUUGUUCGACAGCCAACCAGCAGCUCUCAUCGGUCUGGACCAAGAGUUACUAUCUGCUUGCCGAAUUGACGAUAAGAUCUGCUCCUGGGCCGCUUUGGAAGGACUGAUCUAUGCCGCCGACUCCGUAGCUGAGGGUAGCACGGUCUCUUUAGCUGGAUUCUUUGAUGACGAGGAAAUUGGCAGCAGGUUACGACAAGGUGCUGCAGGGAACUAUAUGCCCAUUACCGUCGAACGGAUUGUAGAGUGUUUCGGUAGCGCAGGGAAAAACACAAUCGGCAGAACGUAUGCCAAUAGCUUCCUGCUCAGCGCAGACGUAACCCACGCCGUUAACCCUAAUUUCGAAUACGUGUAUCUUGAUAACCACAAGCCGCACCUUAAUGUUGGCCUAGCCAUUGCCGCAGAUAGUAAUGGACACAUGACCACUGAUGCCGUUUCGACAUCUAUCCUAAAGUCCAUCGCCGAGAAAUCAGACUCGGUGUUACAAAUGUUCCAAAUUAGAAACGACUCGAGAUCAGGAGGAACUGUCGGUCCCAUGCUAUCAUCUGCCAUGGGGGUUCGAGCUAUCGAUGCGGGAAUCGCACAAUUAUCUAUGCAUUCGAUCCGCGCCACAGUUGGCAGUUUAGACCCCGGCCUCGGCGUCAAGAUCUUCGCCGGCUUUUUCGAACACUACGAAGAAGUGGACUUGGAAUUUUCUAGCACAUGA